AUGUCAGAUAUGAAUUCAAAGAAUAUAAUCGAAGAAAAAAUUGAAACAAUCAUGAAGAAAACUAUUUUACUUAAUAUUCCACCACGAUUACAAUGGGCUAAUGACUAUGGUUAUUGUGGUGAAACAGCUCUUCAGUCUAUCGGUCUCUAUUAUGGUGCUUGGAUUUCUCAAAAACUGAUUCGUGAUAUAAAUAAGGGUGAAUAUCUAUUGCAACCAGUGACAUCCAAUGAUCAUCGAGAACCAUUGCGUACUUUGACAUUACUUCAUUUCACAUAUAAUGAAUGGGAUUCGAUUAAUUCACCUCAACCACAAUUUCAAAAUUUUUGUCAUUGGAUGAAACGAUCAAUUUUACGACGACAUCCUGUCAUAUUUGCUAUUUUUCUUCGCUAUAUGAGUUACGAAGAUUAUGAUCAUAUUGUUCCAGCAGUUGGUAUACAAUAUCAAAAUGAAUAUCAAUAUGAUCAACAUGAUAAAAUAAUUUAUCAUGAUUUAUUUGAUGUUGAACAAAUCGAGAAAAAUCUCAAUGAAGACGAAUUCGGAUCAACUAGAGAAACUAUCGAUGCUAAAGAAAAUGCUAAUGAUGGAUGUUUACCAUUGAAUGUCGAUUAUGGUAUAGCUAUUACUGGUAUUGUAGAUGAAGAUUGCGUAACAUUACCAGUUCACUUAUCUGUUUCUGAAUGGGAUGAACCUAAUCCAACAUAUCAUGAAGAUCCUAAAGAAAUGCUUGGAAUUGUUACAGUAAAUAAUCUGGCAAUUGGAUGUUUUUAUGCACUCUUGCGAUAUUCAUCUUACAAAUCUGUGCCAACUAGAGGAGAUGCAAAUGCUUUUCUACAAUCUAAUUUUGAUGAAAGACAUGAGUUUAUGGCAACUAGCACGGACUAUGUGUAUGAAGAUCCAAUGGCAAUAUUAUCAAGUGGAUCUGUCUACUAUCGUUGUGUUUUAAUACCUGAGUAA